UCGUCCGGAUGGCUUCGUGUGCGCAACGGUUUUCGGAGGUGCCGUGAUUGCCCGGUUUCGUUCCUUUCUUUUUUGUGUGCAUUUCGAAUCUUUCGCCGUCGUUGUCCUCGCCGCACACCAAACCAGACGGUCGAGCGUGUACGCACUCGUGUCCUCAUACCACCACCGCCGCCACCACCUGUUCUUCUAAGCAAGCAAACAGCGCGAGGCGCUUCAUGUUUUCCCGUGCACCGUUUUCGUUUAAUUACUUGUUCUGUUUUUCCCCAUUUCCUUCGCGUUCUUUCGCUUUGUAAGGACUGUGUGUGUGUGUGUUAACACAGCGCGAGUUUUAAUUGUGCCCAUAAGAAAUGGGGUGAAACAGAAUCAUCGUUAGAGUGCCAAGGGAAAGAGAGAGGCAGAGAGAGAGUGAGAGAAAGUGGCAGUGAGAGGGAGAAAACAAACUGUUAGCAACAGCCUCCGCGAUUUCGCCAAACAACAGUGUGUCUCGUCCCGACGGACACACUCGCACAGACGGAUUCCUUGUCUGUCUGAUGCUGGUCUGCGCUGAUGCGCUACCCCGCGUCUUAUCAGUACGCAUAUCAUCAGUGGCCGUUGUGCGUAAGGGACGCGUGUGUUCACUCUGUGUGUGCGUGUGUCGGUCGGUCGCUGUGUGUGGCGCGCGUAAGCAAAGAAGAGCGGCUAAGUGCAACCAGCCUCGGACACGGCAAGGAAGUCGUCAUUCGCGCGGUCCGGGUGCGCGCGGAAGAGUGUGUGUUGGGCGACGGGGCGUGCAAUGUUUGUCGUUUUCCGAAGGUUUCACUUGCUUGCCCCGCACUGCUGCUGAGGUUAGCUGCUGUUGACGUUAUAUUGUGUGCGCCUGUUGAUUGGGUUCGACUUGCGAAGGAAGGAACGAUGUGCGCCAUCAAUCUUUUGAUUAAUUUCCACUGCUGAAACCGGUAAAGUAGUGCCGCUAGAUGGAGGCCCUCGUUCUUCGCGCCGUAUCGUUCCAGUGCAGUGGUUGCGGCACGGUUUAACCAUAACGGUGGUCCAAGUGCGAAUGAUCCGCGGUACCAAGGAUAAGAGAGGAAAACAAAUAAUCAAUAUAAUGUCGAUGCCGAUGCUGGCCGCCACCGCCGUCAUCACCGUCCCCGUCGUGCGUGUUGUGUGAAUGGGCAGGCCCCGGUGGAGCAGGUGAUAAGCGAUCCAAGUGCCAGCGGGUGAAGUGAAGUGCAGCCUAAACAAAAAGGAAAUCGACAAAAAAAGGAGUAGCAAUAAGAGUGCGUGCGUGUGUGUGUGCUCCCUCGCAUUUGGGGACAGAGUAUCGGAGGGUGCGAGAGUUUUUGGGGUUCACGCCGGAAAACGAGAUUGUGCACGUACGCAAUCUCUUGGCGAGGCACUUUCCGGCACUUCUGCCAACAAACUGGUGGAUAAUGUAACCCCCCCCCAUCGCCCUCUCUCGCUCUCUUUCGUGACUCGUGGUGAAUGAUUUUCCCACCUCCUCGUCCCACAUAUCGAUAAUUCCGUGCAGCUUGGGGAAAAGGGUGUGAAAAAAGUGAAAAAGUGCCGGGAAGAAAAACAGGGGAAAGUCUGCUCCACUGUGUCCUUCUGGGCAGAGUGUGUGUGUGUGUGUGCGUGAAGGAUUCGAAUUUGAACGAGUGACGAUGAUGGGGCUUCGUCCUUCGGAGUGCCGUGGCAACCCGCGCGAAGGUUGCCACCAUCGGCAGGCACCACCGGCGACGAUGGGAAACCGUAAACCGUCCCGGGCGACCGUUGGAGCACCGCGACCGUCCGGAUGGGUGCCGGCGAUCGUCAUGGUGAUCGUUGCCAUUAAUCAGCUUACCGAAGGGCUGGAGCUGAACGAAACGCUGAUAACGCGGCGGCAUCAGCAGCACCGGUACACGAUUGAUGAGCUGCUCGAUGCGCGCUUUCCCAAGAGCAUCUCCGGCGACAUCGAUAUGGACCCGUGCAAAUCGAGUGGAUUUAUGGGCGACAUCGCUAUGCCGAACGUAAAUUACGAAACCGAGUGGCAGCGACAGCGUAUGAACAAGAGCCUCGAGCAGGACAUCGUGAAGCUGAAGCAGGAAGUCUACCUCGAGGGGCUGCAGGUCGAGGAGGAAGGCAUGACGGAUAUGAUACGGAAGAAGACGAAACAGCGCGCCUCCACGCCGCUGUCCGGCAUGACGUCGGCCACCGGUGGGGCGUAUGCGCAUUCCGGCACAUCGUACGAAAGCGAAAAUUCCAUCACGGACAGUUCCGGCGAACCGCCGGUAAAGGCCACCAUCAUCGACAAUCGGGACAACAUAAUAGUUCCCCGCGAGCCCGAAACAACCUUUGCCGGUGGCGUUGGUGGUGACGGGGAACGUACAGGUGAGAAAAAAGCGACCACCGCAAACAAAAAGAAUGCGACCGGUGCCGUGCGGAACAUUGACCACGAUCGGAUCCAGUCCGACACGAAGGACAUCGUUAUCGACUCGAUCAGUGACAAUAUUAUCAGCAACAAUCACGUCAGCAGCCGGAAAGUGGCCACCUACGCCUUACCGACCAAGCCGCCAACUGCGGUGACUGCUGCCGCUGGGUCGCAUUCCGUCAGCACGGAUAGCCAUCCGGCACAGGUAGCAGCCGGAAGCAACGAAACUAAACCAAUGUCGAGCAUACUUGCGGUGGGGAAGCUUGCGAGCAGCGGCGGCAACGGAGAGCAGGAUGCAGUUGGACAGGCCGGUACGCGUAUCCGCAGACGUCACCGUCGUCGACGUCGACAGCAGCAACAUCCCCGGCUGCACGAUGCGGACCAUACCGGUGAUGAUCCAACGUCAAAAACCACAUCCGGCAAGACCCCACUGAACAACGACGGUACGGUGGUCAACAAAAACUCGUACCAUUCACGGUUGGAACGUUUGCGCGUGGAGCUCGGCACGGUAACGUACUCGGUGCGGGAUCGCAACCUCCGAUCGAGCCACCAUAACCCGCAUCACCAUCCGGACGAGGAGCCUCUGGCAGAACGUAGCUCACAAAACCGUACACCGAGAAAGAAGCGACGCCGGACCAGAGGUGAUAGCCCGCGGCGCAACCAUCAGCAUCAGGAUGUCAUCGCUAACGACGACCGAAAGCCGCCGCCGACAGCGAACGGCAACGAUGACGGCAAUAGAAGCGAACAGCGUGCAAACGUUGACAUCGAUAGGGCCAGUUCGGUGGACGGGAUGAAACAGCACGGUGAGGCGCACGGGUACGACAAGUCCUACCAUCCUCGCGCUCAACCACAGCACCAACAGCAUCGCCAUCGUUCUGAGCAUCAUCACCUGCACGAACAAGCACACGGAACGCACUUCACCCAUGCCGAGCCGAACGUAGGUGCCGACAAUGGUAUGAAUUUGCAUUUCCGACCGGACCAUAAAGCACCGGCCCUGGCGGGGAAAGCUCAAGAUCCACCCGAACCGCAGCACUUACCUGUUGAAGACGACAUCGACGACGACGAAGCGGACAGCGGCCACAUUUACUACGCAUCCGCGCGCGACGAGCACGAGCACCAGCAGCAUCAUCGCACGAUACGGGCGGCGACCGCCAAGAAGGAACGCAUCUGGGACUUUGGUGUAAUACCGUACGAGAUCGACGGCAACUUUAGCGGCAUGCACAAGGCCCUGUUCCGGCAGGCGAUGCGCCACUGGGAAAACUAUACCUGCAUCAAAUUCGUCGAGCGCAAUCCCAUUGACCAUCCGAACUAUAUCGUCUUCACGGAGCGUGCCUGCGGCUGCUGUUCGUUUGUCGGCAAGCGGGGCAAUGGGCCACAGGCCAUCUCGAUCGGUAAGAAUUGCGACAAGUUCGGCAUUGUGGUGCACGAGCUCGGGCAUGUGGUAGGCUUCUGGCAUGAGCAUACCCGCCCGGACCGGGAGAACCACGUCGUGAUCGAGAAGAACAAUAUCGUGGUCGGGCAGGAGUACAACUUCAACAAGCUGACGGAGGACGAGGUAAACUCGCUCGGACUGCCGUACGACUACGACUCGAUCAUGCAUUACGCACGCAACACGUUCUCGAAGGGUACCUAUCUCGAUACGAUCUUCCCGAUUGAGAUGCCCGGUCGCAAGCGGCCUGAAAUUGGGCAGCGGUUGCGACUGAGCGAGGGGGACAUCGCACAAGCUAACCUGCUCUACAAGUGUGCUAAAUGUGGACGCACGUUUCAGGAAAACUCGGCCAGCUUUACCUCCCCGACGUACUACUCCACCACACCGCCAACCGAACCGGAACGGUGCGAGUGGCGCAUCACGGCUACGCACGGCGAAAGGAUAGUGCUCAACAUAACCGAUCUGGAUAUUUACAAAUCAAACAGCUGCCGGUCGGAUUAUCUCGAGAUACGGGAUGGCUACUGGCACAAGUCGCCGAUACUGGGGAAAUUUUGCGGCUCCGGCAAGGUGAACGAGCUGAUCCGCUCCACCGGCAGCCGUAUGCUGCUCACGUACACGACCACCUUCCGGCAGGCAUCGAUGCGGGGCUUUGCGGCCAACUACGAAGCAAUCUGUGGCGGCGAUAUGAACCUCGAAUCGGGCGGGCGGCUCGAAUCGCCCAACUACCCCGUCGACUACCUGCCGAACAAGGAGUGCAUCUGGCGGAUAACCGUGCCGAAAGACUACCAGGUCGCGCUCAAGUUCCAAUCGUUCGAGGUGGAAAACCACGACAACUGCGUGUACGACUACGUCGAGGUGCGGGACGGCGGGUCAGCCGAUUCGCGGCUUAUCGGCGUGUUCUGUGGGUACAAAAUACCGCCCGACAUGAAGUCAACGUCCAACAAGCUGUUCGUGAAGUUCGUCUCGGACGGAUCGGUGCAGAAGGCGGGCUUUUCGGCCACCUUCAUGAAGGAGGUGGACGAGUGCGAGCACAUGGACCAUGGCUGCGAGCACGAGUGCAUCAACACGCUCGGGGGGUACGAGUGUGCCUGCUACAUCGGGUACGAGCUGCACAGCGAUAAGAAAUCGUGCGAAAAUGCUUGCGGAGGUCAGCUGGACACGCCGAAUGGCACAAUCCUAUCGCCGUCCUUCCCGAAGGAGUACCCGAUCAUGAAGGAGUGCGUGUGGGAGAUAGUGGCGUUGCCGCAGCACAAAAUCACGCUCAACUUUACCCACUUCGACUUGGAGGGCAACACCUUCUACCAGGCGUCCGAGUGCGAGUACGACUACGUGGCGGUGCUGUCGAAAAGCCCGGACGGUACGCUGCACAAGCACGGCUCGUACUGUGGGUACACCGUGCCGGCACCGAUUACGUCCGAGUGGAACAUCCUGCGGGUGGUGUUCAAGUCCGAUAAGACAAUCCAGAAGACGGGCUUUGCCGCCGUUUACUUUACCGACAUCGAUGAGUGUGCCGUCAACAAUGGCGGAUGCCAGCAGGAGUGCAAAAACACGGUCGGCUCGUACGUGUGCUCGUGCCGGAACGGGUACACGCUGCACGACAAUGGUCACGAUUGUAAGGAGAGUGGCUGCAAGCACGAAAUCUUUACACCGCACGGCCAAAUCCUCAGCCCCAACUAUCCGGAUUACUAUCCACCGAAGAAGGAUUGCAUCUGGCACUUUACCACGACGCCCGGCCAUCGGAUACGGUUGGUGUUCAAUGUGUUCGAUAUUGAGCCACAUCAGGAAUGCGCAUACGACCAUAUCGUCAUCUAUGACGGCAACUCGCCGGACAGUCACACGCUGGGCCGGUUCUGUGGUGCCAAAAUCCCCCACCCCAUCUCGUCGUCCUCCAACCAGAUGUACAUGGUGUUCAAUACGGACACUAGCGUCCAGCGCAAGGGUUUCUUCGCCAGCCACUCGACCGCUUGCGGGGGCCGCCUGAAGGCAACCGAGGUAAAGAACCACUUCUACUCGCACAUCAAGUUCGGCUCGGGCAUGUACGAAAAUGGGGCCGACUGCGAAUGGACGAUCGUGGCGGAUUCGGGCCAGAACGUGCAGCUCAAGUUUCUCAGCUUCGAGCUGGAGGAGGAAAAGAUGUGCUCGUACGACUACGUCGAGGUGUACGGCGGACUGGACGACGAGAGUGGCCCCCUGCACGGAAAGUACUGUGGCAAUGCGGUAUGUGUAACGGCUUUGCGUAGGGGAUGCACGUGGUUAUCCCGUACAGCGCCUUUCCUUUUGAUUGUCGCUUGCAUAUGGUAUCGCUCUAUCGCUAUAUUUUGCUUCUUUUUUUUCUUUUUCUUUCUGUGUUUUGUGUGCGUGUGUGCGUGUGUUUUCUUCUUUUGUGUUUUUCAUUUCCGGCAUUUACUACUACCUCCCCCCGGGUGUGUGUGUGCUUCCUUGCCGUGUGCUCUCUUGCCUUGUUUUUGUCUCUCUUUUUUCGGCGGCGCCAACAUCACCAUCACCACUACCAGAAUCCACCGGAAAUCAUCUCGAUGCACGAGGCGCUCAUGGUGCGGUUCCGGUCGGACGACACGGUUGGAUUCAAGGGCUUUUCGGCUGCGUACGUCGCCAUCAAAUCGAACGAUGACGUGCUGACCACCGACGAAGAAGGUUCUGAUAGUUCCGAUAUCAUCCCGUUUCCCGGUUCACUAAAAACAGUGUUCAUCAAACAGGGCGAAGAUAUGGACGAGGAGGAGGAGGACGACGAUAUCGAUUAUGAGAUCUACCCGAACCGACCGGCCAACAGUAAGGUGCACGUCGCGGUGCACAACGAAAUACGCUCAUCUCAGGCGAUUGACUGAAACAUAAUCAAAUACUUUGCCACGUAAGGUGGUGCAGUGCGCGCGCGCCAUCGGUAUCAUCCAGGCCACCGAUCCGCCCCAGUACACAUGCACGCAUCGAGAGGGAGAGGGGAAAAGAGAUGGAGAGAGACGAGAGAGACCCUACGCGAGCUGCCAACUUCAUGGACAAUAUACUAUCGACCUAACCGCGACGCGCGUUGUUCCACCAGCCAUACCAGCAGCCUCCGUCCACAAUGAGCAGAUUGUUAGAGAGGCCCCCUUGCUACAAUGGGGUUCAAGUACAGUACAGACGCAAACACCAACCGGUGUGGCCGGAAGUGCUAGUGGCAAGCAUGUUCUGUACUUGAGUUCUUUCCAAAACAGGUUCACUCAUUGCUGGACAUUAACUACAUUCGUCACAAUGGACGUGCUCAUGUCUUCCCCGUGUGUGGCGUAGGGGAUUAUUAGCCAAACAAAACGACCGUUUCGAGGGAGCGUGAAAUGGGAAAGAAGCUCCCCAAAUGUAGAUAGAACACAAACACUCACCCAGGGUAGGGGGGCGCUGGUUAGGAAGGUAUAAAGAGUCUCGUAAGGAACACAAUCGUGCAAAGGCGCGUUCGUUGAGAUAUGCGUGUACUCUACAGUGAACCAAAAUUGUAGUAAAUAAUUUUAGCAGCCAGUAAUGAGCCAUAUGCCUACGGAAUAUAUAUAUACAUAGAUAUAUAUACAUAUACAUAUAGUUAUAUUUACAUUACAAAAUAAGCCGGUAAGUCUUAUCGAAGAGAGCGUUCUCUAGCGAUUAAUGUGUUAGGCAAAUUACUACUAAAUAUACCGAAGACUCUGUUUUCCAA